UUCGAACGAGUGCUCAGAGUGAACAAUCGCGCAGUGUACUUGCUUCUCUGGUCCCGUGUUGCGGUCUCGCUGAAAGGGCUUGAAUUGAACCAAAAUGAAGGUGCUACUCGUCUGCGGUCUUAUUCUCGCCGGAGCCUGCUUCGCUGAGGCUGCCAGUGGCAGGGAGUUGUGUGGGCUGAGCAACGAUAAGAUCAAGCAAGUUCUCAGCUGCAUGGCACAACAUGCUCCUCCUCAGGUGAAAACGAAGGCGUCGGAGAUCCUGGUUGAGAAGGGAGACAGCAUUGCGGAGAUUAUAAAGGCUAAAUGCCAGACUAAUGUGGAUUUUGGUGCACUGGUUUCUACAGUGUUCUCGGAACAAGUAGCGAACGGUAUUAAGGCGGCUUACGCUAAAUGCAAGCAGAGCUCACGAUAGCCGUGGAAGUGUGAGGCGUACUGUACAGAAGGAAGCGACAUUCUCCGACGGAAGCAAGACUGACUUCGUACACCAGUAGGGUGCAUGAAAAAAAAAAUAAUAAAAUUGAAAGUGG